GUCGCUCAGGAUAUGCUAACUGAAACUCUGAGGGAGUGUUGUUUCUUCAUUGUUAGACGCGAAAGGUUGUCAGUGAGUAUAGGUAUCCUUUUCUAUAAAGCCGAAAUAAUGUUAUUAAAGCAGGUCGGUUGAAAUUGUUUCGCAGCGUGAGUAAACCGAAUAGUGUUAAUUUUUCUGGCCUGCUACACGAUAGCUUUUCAUAGCUAACAGCUCGCCUGCUAGUUGAAAUCGUGCUGCUUGCCGCCCCAAGAAGAGACGGGAAAUGACACAGCAUACAAGAUAAAUUAUAAAGCAGAGGCAUCUCUACAGCCGUUUCACGGAUACCGCCAUAUUGAGUUUGGCAUGGUGCAGAGAUCAUUUGGGGACAAACAAAGCAUCGUCUGCCUACUCCGUGUUGUAGAAAUCGUGAUCCUCAGGUGUGAUCUAGUAAUUAAGCAACACAGAAUCAAAUCAACAGGGAUUAAAAAAAAAAGUUCCUGAGAUAUGAUCGCAUCUACGCAUUGACUGACAUCUCACAAAAAUGGAGCUGUAUUGGUACAUAGUCGUCAUCAUAUUCAUCAUCAUCAAGAUAUUUUUCUAUGUGUGCUGGUAUCGUUCGCGACAGAGACAGCUGGCUGCAUACCUGAGCAAUCCACGGAAUGCUCAGAUAGUCAUUGUGGGAGGAAGGGCGUACCUUCAUCAGAUGUGUGAGAGACAGAGUCAAACCUCCGUCUGGCCCAGUUGGUACGGAGUCCAGGAUGACCUGUCAACAGAAGAACCCUCCACAGCUCUUCCAAGAACUUCGUCCUUCUCUCGUCUAGAUAUGCCACCACCAUAUGACGCAGUCUCUGGAGAGGAUGACCUGAAGCCUCCGCCAUACAGCGAGUGUGCUAGUGGUGAUGAGACUGAAGCCCCUCGUCCAUCUCACUGCACACCCCUCAUAUCUCACCAGGGAGACUCGAUUGAUGUGAAUGAAGCCCCUCCCCCGUACACACCAAGUCCUUCCACAGCAGAAGGCCCUGCAAACCACACGGAGUCCCAGGCGGAGAGCAGGCCUGCCUAAUCGAUCCCUGAUACCAGUUUGCCUUUCCAUGAACUGCCUUCCUACAUUCAACCUCAGUGAUAGUCGCCAGCCUAACUCUCACAUGAGAGCAUACUUGUAUCUGUGUGACUGCAUAUGCAGAUGUCUGUGAGUUUUCAAAAUCUUUGUCUUGUUGAACAAGUGAGUCAUCUGAUGAGUUAAUUUAGCAAGCCCUUGUGCCUCAGGUUGGACCGCUGAGCCUGCCUCCCAGCUCCAUCAUGGAUCCUGUUCUUGACCUCUGUGCCUGCAAAGCACACAGAGAUAUGUCACACUUGAUCUCUGUUCUGUUUUACAUAGCGUCUCAGUACUACAUGCCCUAUUUUGCCUUCUUUCAUGUAUGUAAACGGACAGCUGCAUUGGGGAAGUUGUUCAGGAGCUACAAAAGAAAGAAAGAAGAUACCAUCGCUGUGAUGUAGACAAUCCUUGUAGAAUUUUAGGUUUCUAACACACCUUAUUUCUAUUACUUUAUAAGCCUUACUGUUGGUGAGACUUUUUAGAAAAAUUGUGCUUAAUGUUGCAACUAUACUGAGCUAUAUAACAGUGCCUGUUUAAUCUGUGGUUUGGAGUGAGAGGACAAGUGG